CCAAAAGUAUGGCGACAUGGUCAGAUGUGAAAUAUCAACUAGGAAACGAAGAAGGGCGUAAUGACACGUCCCUUGAUAAUAUAAUACAACAAUGUAUGGAAGAUAGUUUUGAUGUACCAUCAUUCGGAAGAGUAUUUGAACAAUUGCCAGUGUAUACAACUUCUAGAUUGUGCGAUGAAAACAAUCCUGAAUCAUCCAGUUACAUCGGAAAACUUGAAGGGCACGAUGAAAAUGCAGGGUAUAUUCAUCAUACAAUUAGUUCAGAUCAGAUUUAUAUGCAUAUCAACCCUGGUAAUUCAGGAUCUAUGCCAGAAAAUCCAUCUCAUGCUACAAUCACAAUUGAAGCAACUGAUCCAACCACAAAUAAGAAGGAAAUUAAAAGGUACAGAUGUGAAUAUGAUGGUUGCAGUCGCACCUACAGUACAGUGGGGAAUUUACGGACACACAUGAAGACACACAAGGGUGAAUUCAGGUUUAGAUGUUCUGAACCAAGUUGUGGAAAAGCUUUUCUUACAUCGUACAGUUUAAAAAUACAUAUACGAGUCCACACGAAGGUGAAACCAUUUGAAUGCCACCAUGAAGGGUGUGAAAAGGCUUUUAAUACACUUUACAGAUUACGAGCACAUCAGCGUCUACACAAUGGCAACACAUUUAACUGUGAAACACAGGGCUGUGUGAAAUUCUUUACAACUCUCAGUGAUCUAAAGAAGCAUGUGAGAACUCAUACCCAGGAGAGGCCUUACAAAUGCCAAGAGGAAGGCUGCGGAAAGGCAUUCACAGCAAGUCAUCACCUCAAGACACACAGUCGUACCCACACGGGUGAACGCCCUUAUCCUUGUUCUCACUCAGACUGUGAACGAGCAUUUGCAACUUCAAAUAGUCUGAAGUCGCAUUCCAAGCUUCAUGAAUCUGGUGACAACAAUGAAGAAGCUGCAGAUGCAGAAACAUCUGAUGGAGGAGGAGAUGAAAAUGAAGAUGCUGACGAUCCACUCGAAAAAGACGAUCCUCUUGUUGAAGGUGACCCCUUAGGAGAUAAUGAAGUUAUGACGAAUGAACCUAACACAAGUAAAUGUAAUAAUGUGAAUAUAACAGAUUCAGGACCUAUGACUACAAUACCAGGAGACGAUAACAUACAAGCAUUUUUCAUCCCAUUUACUGAAAUCAGUCUACAUGCGACACACGAAGAAAAUGCUGAUUUAAUGGAAGUUGAAGGUUUAUUAACAAGUGUCCCACCAAUGGUAAAUGGCAGCAACCCCCAGUCAAGUCCUGCGGGGGUUAGUCUUUCCACGGCCGUGGCACAAACAUUUAUACCCCGCUCUUCAGCCGAGACUGUGCCGGGGCCGUCGGUAAACACUGCACUGAGCGAUCCACAGAUGUCUGACAUUUCAUACCUGACACCAACACCCACUUUGCAGGAAGUACUUAAGAAUAAUAAAGACAUUACUAACAGCAUAGUAAUUAGUACUUCAGUCCUUUGUUCCGGUGAUGAAGGAAAGCAGGCUCUGCAGAUGGCACCAGCAGAAGCAGGUGAAAGCACUGCUCCGGAUUCCACGGUCAUUUCCAAUAUCAUUGAUUCCAGCCAAAUGGUUACAAAUGAUGAACUGUUACCAUCCUCACCUGCUACUUCUUUUGAAAUCUUUGAUGACCCUGAUAUAAGAGGCCUUGAGUCUGGAAAACAAGUAACAGAUAUUUUAAGGUUGCUUUCUGCUAGUGGUCAGAUUCAGGGUAUACAGUUAACAGCAUCAGUGUCUAAUGAAACAAAUCCAUCUUCAAGCAAUGUUUUUGAAGCUUCUGGUGUUAGGGCUGCCGAGAUUUUAAGUUUUCUGUCUGCAUCGGGACAAAUACAAGAUAUUCAGCUUGCGUCAUCUGUAGAAAUAGGAAAUGUAUCGGAAACUGGCAGUAAAACAUCUGGAAACAUUUUGUAUCUUACAUCUCCAUCUUUGAGUAACAUGAACCUUCCAAAUGAUCUCACAUCUUUCAUGAAUUCGUCCGCUGUAGAUCCUAACCAAGUUGAAAACACACCGGAUGUUAUUGAAAUGAAAAAUUCAACAAUUGUUUUGCAUGUUCAAGAUGCUCCUGUUGUUCUUGAUCCAGAUAAAGAUCAAGCAUCUUUGAACAAUACAGUUGAUACAGUAUCUCCAUCACACUCAGUACCUUCAGUAAUCACUGCAGAUUCUUCUAAAUCAUCUUGGGUUAAUGGUAUAGACCCUUCUCCGUCUAGUAACUGUGCGGGUGGAGCACCUCCAUUAGGUAAAGAUUAUGAAGAAAAUAAUUGGUCUUCAUCUCCUCAUAAUAACCCUACAAUGCACGAGUCUGAUUUGAAUCUAGUCACGCCUACUAGUCAGUUUCUUUACGCUGUGUCCAGUGCAAAAGAUCCUCAAAAUUAUGAAAAAGGAGGAGAAUUGAGGGGUGUUUUAAAAGAUAUCGCAAAAGAUGCAGAUAUUUGUAAGUGUAGUCCAUGUAGAUGUGAUCCAUCUCAGCAAGAAUGCCAAACGUGUAAUGCUGAAACAGGAACUGAAAAUGUGUUACAUAUUCCAGAAGUGUCAUUCAAUAACAUUACUACUGAAAAAAGAAAGAAAAAUGUUUCAAAUAAGAAAUUAGGAGCAUUCAAAGUUAACACAGAGUCCUCUGGUAAUGAAGUAAGUAGAACUGCAGAAAUUAGAAAUCAGUGCAGCGACAGUAUCAGUUUAUGUGAUCAUGAAAAUAUGUUAACAAGUGGUGGUGUUGAUGAGCCAAUUGCUCAUCAGAUUGUGGGUGUAGAAGUUGGAUCGUCGCAUUACGCCACGGACAGCUCGAUUCAGACCGCAGAUAAUAUCGCAUUAACAGAGUCGACCGGAUCUGCACAAAGUAACCAUUCACAUUAUUCAAACAAUUUGGACAAUUGGCAAAAUGCGGGAUGCAAUGUAGAUACUCUUAUAGUUCCACACAUUCUUCCAUCAGACGAGACGCAGAAUCACUGUGAAUCCCACAACUCGCAAAAUAACAACACAGAAAUGAAUAGCAGUAGAUUAUCUGGCAGUUGUGAGUGUUGUGGCAAGAAUGCCAAAGAAAAGACCUCACAUUGUGAUGCAGAGAGCAAUAACAAUGGAACGAACAGCAGAGAGCCAUGUUGUGUAGUUGUGUGCCUUAAAACUUUGGAACAGCUCAGAAGGUUAAUAGACAAAGGUUGCUGUUCUGGUGCUGAAAAUUCCCUACGAGCUUUAGCUUUACAGGUUUCAUCAGUAAAGUCUUCUUGCUGCUCUGGGAAACAUAAAUGAAUAUAAGAAUGAUACUGAAGCUCAAACUGAGACACUUAAUAUGUACAGAUUAUUCAAUCUUACAUUUUUAAACUUGGAAAGCAGUAUUUAUAUAUUUAAAAGUCCCUUCCUGUUCACAUCAUCUGUCUCUCACAUUUAUAAUGUUGUUGCCAGGGCAUGACAAUUUGUAUUCAUUUUUCAACUCAUUAGCUGAGUUUGACAGAUACCACUUUUAUACAAUUACUGACAUUAAAUUGUUUCAUCGCCUGUUUGUAUACAAUUCGAAUAAAAUUGUUGUUCUAACCUCCAAAAACACAUAUUUGUAAUGUAAAAUGGUUUCUGUCUUAAACCUGCAUUAUCAUUGCCUGAUUGUGGAAUACAGAAAUAUUCAAGACAGUGGCUCAUUAAAAAGUGUCACUGCAUUCAGUAUUCCUCCAGUCUUUAAGGAUUUUUCUACAAGUCUCCUUAAGCGUAUCCUCUCUAUUUGAUCUAAUCCGAAAGCUUGUACGUAUUCAAUCUGUUCUUAUGACCAUAAAAUGUUGGUGGCUGAUCCAGUUAUUUUAUGAGUGCAAUCUUCACACAUUUUAUAAACCAACGCAAUUAAAAUUAUUGAAUAGUGAAGAUUGAUCAUUGAUUGCUCAAGGUUGAUGUUAUGAGAACUGACUGUUGGGACAAUGCAUUGAAUGGUCUUUACCAGUUUUUAAAAUAUCAUCUCUGGGUGAAUACAGAUUCUGUUUUCUGCUGCAUCUUUCAUUACAAUAGAUUUGUUGACAAAAUUAAAAGAAAAAAUUCACUAUGUAUGUGAAACUGUUUGUUACCAUGAAAGUAAACAACAGUACAAAGUAAGUCUCAGUGUUAUUUUUGGUGUGUAAAUGUGCUUUACUGCAUUAACACAGAUAGUACCUAUAAUUUCAUACUCUUGGUGUGAUAUGUAGCUAGAGGUGCAUAUUGAUGUAUUAUCGUGCACCAGCGAUGAUUUUAAGCAUAAAAAUAAUGUUGGAUGACCUGAAAAUGGAAGUAAUAUUUCAAAUGCUAGUCAUGUAGCAAUAUUGUUAAUCUGAGCUGUAAUUACAUGUAAUGGUAAAUCAAA